AUAGUUGUAUUGAAGCUGUCGGUUUCUAGAUAAUAAAAUGCCUGUCGCAGCCGUCCCCACCAAUAACGAGAAUCGUCUGAAGGCUUUCAAAAAUGCCGGGAAAGACAAAGACGAACUUAGGCGUCGACGAAACGAGGUGUCUGUGGAGCUCCGAAAGAACAAGAAGGAUGAUAUGCUCUCUAAAAGAAGGAAUGUUGCAACUGAUGAAGAACCUCUGAGUCCUCUCCAGGAUCAGGAGAGUAAGCAGGCAGCAGCUCUUCUCUCUAUAGAAGAGAUCCAGAAUGGUAUUCUGUGUGGAGAUCCAGUCCGUCAAUUCCAGGCUACGCAAUCUGCGCGUAAGAUUUUGAGCCGUGAGCGAAAUCCUCCAAUUGAUGUGUUCAUCAAUCUAGGGAUACUACCCAGAUUGGUUGAGUUCCUUGGUCGUGUUGAUCAGCCCAAUCUACAAUUUGAAGCUGCCUGGGCUCUCACCAAUAUUGCCAGUGGGUCAUCUGAGCAGACCAAGGCUGUGGUUGAGGCUGGUGCUGUUCCACACUUUAUAAACUUGAUCAAGUCUGGAGAGGAGAAUGUGUGCGAGCAGGCUGUCUGGGCUCUAGGCAAUAUUGCUGGAGAUGGUCCUAAUAUGAGGGAUUUCGUGAUCAACAAUGGAGUUGUUACACCUCUGCUAAACCUGGUUAAUAUGCCUGAUAUCAAGAUUAUAUUCCUCAGGAAUGUAACCUGGACAAUCUCUAACCUGUGUCGUAACAAGAACCCUCCCCCUCCCUUCGAGGUGGUGAAACAAUGUUUACCUACUCUCAACACUCUUAUCAAUCAUGAUGAUUCAGAGGUGCUUGCUGAUGCCUGUUGGGCCCUAUCCUACCUGACUGACGGGACAAAUGACAAGAUUCAGGAGGUUGUUAACUCCGGCGUUAUCCCCCGCCUUAUCCAGCUUCUUGACUCAGGAAAUAUUCCUGUGGUUACUCCGUCCCUCCGCACUCUAGGAAAUAUUGUUACCGGAAACGACCAACAAACUGACGCUGUUCUCCAGUGUAAUGCACUUCCAGUGUUUGCCCGUCUUCUCCAGCAUCCAAAGGGAAAUAUUCUGAAAGAAGCUGCUUGGACCAUCUCAAAUAUAACAGCUGGCAACACAGAACAAAUUCAGUUGGUGAUAAAUGCUGGAUGCGUGCCACCACUGAUCGAUAUCUUGGUCAAGGGAGACUUCAAGGCUCAAAAGGAAGCAGCAUGGGCCGUUACAAACUUGACUUCAGGCGGAAGUGUAGAACAAAUUGUACAAUUGUGUGGAGAGGGUGUGCUCAAACCAUUCACUGAUCUUCUCGCAGCAAAGGAUGAUAAAACUAUCAAUGUUGUUCUUGAUGGUAUCACUAAUAUCCUCAACACUGCUGAUAAGCUUGGAGAAACAGACAAGGUUGCUCUUAUGAUUGAAGAAUGUGGAGGAUUGGAUAAAAUUGAAGCUCUCCAGUCUCAUGAGAACGAGGUUAUCUAUCAGAAGGCGUUGUCUAUCAUUGAAACCUUCUUCCCUGACGGGGAUCAGGUUGAUGAUGACGUAGCUGCCCCACGACAAUCUGAAACUGGAUUUGAGUUUAGUGAACCCAACAACAUGCCAAGCCAGGGAUUCAACUUCUGAUUCCCGACUCAAGGGAUUCAACUUCUGAUGCACGACUCCAUGGAAACUCUGUUUCUAAUUCUAAAUACUAGAAGGGAAUUCAAUUGAGCUGUAAAGGAUUUUAGUUUAAUCUGGAAGUAUGUUAAAGAUUAAUUCUUUUAUAUUCAUCUACUUGGAUUUAACUUUAAUCCUUGGAUUAUUAAGAAUUCCACUUCUGAUUCCCGACUAAAAGACAAUAUGCAUUCAGCUUCUAUUAACAGAUGUGUACAAACUUAUUUUUUUUACUCUCAAGACUUCAGCAUUUAUUUUUAUAUUAUGUGAAUCGAGCAGACUUUGCUUUGGUCAAGCCGAAAGGCUUUAUUCAAUUUAAAAUGUGAAUUUAUAAUUGUGAUCAGAAAUAUGUGUUUUUGUGCACUAAAUAUAUCCUUAUGGUUUUU